GACCUGUUUGGUGAGACGCGAUGAGGACAAGUUGUUUAUAGCUUUGGGAAUACCCAAAAGCGACACUCUCUUAGUGUGUUGUGCCUGUCAAUAGAGAGGGCCAGGCUAGUAUAGAGUCUUAGUUUACCUUUCCUUCAGGUGUUGGACUAAAUAUCUGGACGCGAUCUGCCUUCAUGGUGACGUGCCGUUAGUAACUCGUAUGAUCGUUUUAAUUGAGGCUGUCUUUCCAAAAGCAGCCCUCGGCUUGCGUGUUCGUGUUUUGGAGAGUUGAAGAAAAAAAAAAAUUUUUUUUUUUAAACCUGUAGUUAGGCCAAGGCGUGUUCUACUGUCUCGUGUUGGACUUCGAGCUAUUCCGUGUGUUGGACGCGUUCUGUGCUGCCGCGUGGUUCUUUUGUGUAUACACCAGCUGUGUCUCAAGGCGAGAGCAGGCUGAUGUUGACAAGUCCUGUGCUAGUUUGAUAUAGGUAUUGUGUUUAUAUCACGUGGAUACUAAGUGAAUGUGUCGUCUUAAGGUAGAGCUAGAUCUUUAAAAAAAAACUUUUUGUGUGUGUGUUCGGUUGUUUACUUACGCGAUAUUCUGUCAUUUUGUGGAUUAUAUGUGGAUUUCAUAAGUUUUGACCGUGUUAUGGUCAAGUGGAAGUUGCCGGAUACAGGGGGAUAUGAAAUGGUCAUCGUGACAUGAAACUGUUUUUUUUUUUUUGCUUUGAUCUCGAUUGGAUAGGCGUUUUCGGUACACAGCGCAUUGACAUGGUGUGCAUACAGUGUAAACACGAAUGUCACGUGACUGAUAUAAAUAUAGAACAUUUGGUUGAAAAGAACAGAUUAUAGGCAGAGACGAUGGCUGGAUAAAUGCCAUUCUGUUUGACAUUUGACCUCUCCUCGCUACGAAGUCCAGCAACGCUUGUCAAGAACAUGAAUGUCCAGACGUAAACGGGGAACGAGGGAGGGCCGUUCUUGUCCACCACACGUAAAUGGGGAAUAAACAGGGCACAGCGGGCUACGGGUCUCAUGGCAUUGACACCCGGGCCAGAAGCUGGUCAUUCCACGGCGUCAGCAGCAGGAAGAAGAACGCUUUCGGCGCCGGGGGCGUCAGUCCGGGGUCAGGGAGCAAGAGCUCCUCGCUUGACGACGGAAAACGAGGCAGGAGCUCCUCUGUUCACGAGGGCAGACACCGGCGACACAACGCAGGGGUCGUCGCUAAUAUCGCGGCGCUCAGGAAAGGCGACGCCACCGGUGAGGACGACGACGACCCGCAGCAUGAGAAAAUAAUCAGCCGGUGUUCCAGCUUGGAUGACGUCAUUUCGAACUUUGACUACGCCUCUGGGAAAGAAGGAGUAGGGUCUCCUGGGUCAAGGAGUGUGCUCUCUGACAUGGUGGAAUACAGUGGUAAAAAGCUACACGUGGACAAAGCUGAAACGGCCCCAGUUAAGUGUGACACCAGCGGGGAUCCGUGGGUUCCACGAUCUGAGAAACCUCAUCGAUCCUCGUUACGUGAGAAAAGGGGACCAUCGUGUAGAAAAGAACUAUUUCGAGAUUACGUAAUAAAGCCUAGUCAUUGCGACAUGGUCGAGGGCAAUAACCCCUCGUUAGAAACAGCCAGCUUGCAUUCCUUAAAAUCAUCCCCACAGAGGCUUGGCAACAGGCAUAAAAUUCUCGUGAACGCUAAUAAAAGCGAGGAUGAGAUCGAGGCUCAGAUGGUGACCUCCCAAAGUGAUCACAUGGCAGGUCAAACGGACAUUCCUACGUCAGCAAAAAUCUCCGGUGAAAUCAUCACGGCUCUCCAUGCCGAUGUAAAUAUCGAGUCUACAGAGAAAGACAAUGUUGAAAACAAAAUAUUUCCCGCCAUUUCGAGACAUUCCACGAGGUCAAGCAACGGCGCGUGGUCCUCGCCCUCAAACACGUCCUCCAAAGGAACUCUUCCAUCACGAGCGCCUGUCACCACUGGAGAGAUAGUCAACGUUUCUGAGUGCAUCACUAGCACAUCCGCUCUGCAGCCUAACGUAGUGGACAAACAAAGGAGGCUACAGCGAGGGGCGCAGUUGCCGAAACAGCAUUCGUUGGACGAGAAGGUGGACAGAGACAUUGUAGAUGAUGUAAGAUUAGGCCAGGGUGUGAGCGCGUCACCUUUAUUUCAAUCUCGUCCAGAGAAAGACGUCCAGUUUCAAAGCAACAUUUUGCAAGGUAGUGCUGUAACAAACACUGUGACUUUGUCUUCGAGUUAUAACUCUAUCAGUCUCUCAAACCUCGCCACACGCUCGUCUUCCUCGUCGUUUUCGUCACAUCAAAGCAAUACGAACCGUUCUUCGUCGCGUGAAUUGCAGUGUCACCAGAGGGACAACUUGAGUGGUCAAGACGCUGACCAGACGUCCGCGAAGGACACCACAGCGCUGGUGACCAGAAGCUGUGUUCAGCUGGAGGUGGGCAAAAAGUUGACCGUUCGUGAUAAGCGUUUCAGUCUUGACCUCAGCAAACUGAGAGGUCAGCGCAGCAGCAGCUCUGAUGAUUACAACAGGGCUCUGGCCACAUUGAGCGAGACCACAUCACUUAGCCACAGCGUGGACGAGAUGACCAAAGGCGUCUCCCAGACAGAUAAACAGGGGGCUCAACCGAGCAGUUUCUCUGACCACUACAUUGACACACUUGGAAGGAGGAGAAAACGCCCCCAGAGUCAAAACCUAACUGAAGUAGGGAGUGACUUCCCCCAAAGUGGCGCCUUAGUGGGAACAGCUUUAAACGUUUCACUUCUGGAACAGCAGCAAACAUUGGCAACACCUUUUUCUGAACAUCAUAGUGAUACACAGAGGGUGUCCACUGCUGUCCAAAAUUUUGCCACCACAGUGACCACCACAGACUCUGGCUACAACACAGGUAGGCGUCACCUUCACAGCGACCAGACGGCAACUAGUCCAACCUUUGCCAUACCCUCCAGCCAGCAUUCUCACUGUUACUAUAGCGACAUCGACGCCCGCACUCCCUCUCGACACCCCGGCACCCCGGUGAGCUGCACAGUAAGUCAGACAAGAAGUGACAGCUGUGAAUCUGACUAUAGCAGUGCCAACAAAGCUGCAUUCAUUUCAACAGCGCCAUGGAUUGUUUCAACCGCUGCAAGUUUUCACCACGAGCCGGCAGCCAGCAAUCAAAAGCGCGAGCCACACGCCGAGGUCUUCAAAGAAGCCUCACAGUCAGGGGAUGAUAGGCUCGCUGCUGGGGACCACAAAGCUGCACCAACGGACAAAACGAACUACUGUAGAUCAGAAGUGGUUUACUUUGGAGGUCAGUCGAGUUCACCAGAUGAAGAUAAGUUUGCUAAAGGUCUGUUGAUGAUUGAUGACGAAGGAGAUGAGCCUGUAAGUUACACCAUCGAUCAUACAGUGGUCGUGAAUCAAAGAGAUACCAACCACGUGAACUUACAACCAGGGGACGUAACUCAUUUCGUGACUCAUUCCUCACGGAAAUACAACUCUACAUCUGGCCUAGACUCCUGUAAGUUGGACACUGGUCAAGUGGGUGAAAUUGGAGAAAGCACUUGUAGUAGACUCGGGGAAAACGAGGUCAUUAGCCAGAAACUCGUCGGGGAGUGUGUUUCGGUUGUGUCCCCUGAAUUCGGUGAUAACAUUGCAAGUUGUGACUCCGGUGUUACACAGCAGCUCGCGGGCACCGUGACAAAUAGUACUCCAGGAUUACAGACAGCAUCCACUGCACUCGCGCCUCACUGGGACGUUGGUGGUAAGGAGAGAGACAGAUGUGAAGCCACUGCAGGUGAAAUAUCGCUCACGAGCGCCGAGCGAGGGGGAGAACAAAGGCUUGAAUGUUACAGACACCGCUCUACGGAGGAGGAUUCGGAGGUCGCUGUUGAUAACGAAGAAUUCGCCCCGACCGCAAAUAGACUUCAGCUUAAAAAUAACACGCCUGACGUCACGGCUGAAGACGAAAUACGGGGAGAGAGUGAAAAUAAAAGUCGGUGCAGUCUAUUUCAGUCACAGCUUCAGGAUGGCAAGACGGAAUCAGUUAUGAGCCAGUCGGACCGUAAAGACUUUACAAAGGGGACGUCAGCCAAUAAUUUAACAGGAUAUCAGCUGUCUUCUGGUGGUAGUCUCCCCUUGUCAACUGCCGCUUCAUUAACCCAGGCCUCGACGGGGGCGUUCAAUGACGCAGUUGUCCAAACUGGCAGAGCGGACAAAACGACAUGUCUAAAUUUGUCCGGACAGGCGGUCGGGCACGGACCGGGAGAAAACGAAUUAGCUCCUAGUCGGGCAGGUAGAGAGACGGCAUGCGCUGUCGACAAUAACAGUUCUGACCUCGGCCAAUGUCACCAACCUGUUGAUGGGGACUCCAAGAACAAUAACCACACCAACACGGAUUACGAAAGCGUGGCCGAGUUUCGAUGGGUACCACAGCGGGCCUCGCGUGGCAGUGUUUCGCGAAACUGUGACAGCAGGGAGGCUACCACGCCCACUUCACCGCUGGGUAUCCGCAGCCGGUCGCCCGCCCCUCUGCACGCUCGAGACUCGGAAUGUUUACAAAACGUUUCCACUGCCACGACACACACACAACAGUUGGAUUGUGCUGGCGAUUUGAUUCAUUGUGAAGUGGUGUCAGCGGGACGGGAAGUAACCGAUUCAACAACUACGCAACAAUUAGCUGAUGGGAUUACCCUCGCCAAGUCCUCGGUGUCAUUGACAAGUGUUUCUAACUUUGGAUUAACGAGUGCUUAUAAUGUAAGUGAUAGUAAUCUUGUCUCAGCUAACGAUAGAAAGCCGAGAGCUAUAUUUAAACACACCAUUGAUAAUGCUCGUGAAAACAUCCAAUCAGAUUACUUGUCGACGUUGGUUAGUAGCAACGAGAAAGCCACACCUGAGGAUUCUAAAAAUAAUUCCUCGCGCCUUUGCAUGGAAGUGACCAACCCGGGCUAUGAAACGGACAGUCUUGAAAGGCACGCUGCCUCGGCCGCAUCGAAACUGAGAGAGGUUUCUCAGAUUCUGUAUGCAGACAAACUGUCUGGUCACUGGAAUCUGUCAAACCGUCUAGCCGAGUCGGGCAGCCAGGGGAAGACAGCCAGCACGAAGUUGUCCCCACUCUCUCGUGAGUUAAGCACCUCGGAGAACUUUAUCGGACAGCUGAGUAAACGUCGAGGCACUGCCGUGUUGCUGCGAGACUUGUCCCUCUCUGAGAAUAGCAUGCUGGACUCGUUAGAGAAUGAAUGGCCUUACACUGGGGAUUCGAACUUUAAAAAUUGCUUUGAGCCGUCGGAAGAAUUCGCUGAAAAUGUUAAAUCUAUCUACUCCCAAGGAGAGAAGAGUUUGAAUCUUUCUGACUGCUCAUAUCCUCUGGACGUGGUCAAGUCUUACACGGCAGGAGGUUUUCAGGAGUCCACUCCACCUGACCAGAACCUUCCUUCUCCGGACACGUCCAGAAAUAUCUUGGACAUCAGCGCUAGUCUUGAGAUGUUGGACUCUGGUAAUAAUACUGGCGGUGAUGGUCUUGAUGACGACUUCCUGUUCGAAAUGAGACCACGCACUAACUCGGCCACGUCCGUUGAGCUUGGCGCCAAGGCUAGAGGGAGAAUCGCCAUGGGGAUGGCGAGUGCAAGAAUCAGAAGGUCUUAUGCAAGUCCUGUAAAAGAGAAGUAUUCGCCCCUGGCUUUACAGGAUGUGUAUUCUAGAGUAUUAAAGAGUCAGAUGGUGUCCUCACCAGGGUUUGUGACUCCCCCAAUGUCACACGCUUCUUCCCUAAGCGGGACGUGUUCUCCUGUACACCAGAUGUACCAACCACGAAUGCACUCAUCCAGCCCCAUUCGAAACCAACCCGGGGCGCCGUGUCAGGGGGAGCGUGUGACAAGCCCUCUGUGUUCGCUUCCGCCAACGAGCUAUGAUGAAGAGGAAGAAAUCGAAAACAUGGAACCAAGUGCCCAAUAUCAGCAGCCUUCCAGCGACGGCCCCAUACAAUCUUUAAAGCAUUCUAACAGCAUUGACGUUCCAAACAGAGCUUCGCACCAUUCUGGAAUGGGGCACUCACACAGCAUCGACAUGCCUUACGUUGCUCACUCGGUCAACUUUAACGUGCCACGCCAACGCCACUCUCUGGACAGUGGUCAGAGGUACCUAUCUCAAUCGGCGGACUUCUCUCACGGAGGCUUCCACCAUUACUAUCACUACCAGCACGCUCUCUAUCCCGCUCCUCCUCGCGACUUCCUCGGCCAGACCUCGCCAUCUUUCGAAUGCCUCGCUUCCAACAAGGAGAACGUCAUGCAACUGUCCUCGUCUUUUCCAGCGCAGCCUAGUCACUACCACGCCCUGCACAGCCCCAUGUCUAGGGCGAGCAUUAACCUGGCUCCUUUACCUGAGGAGCACCCUGCACCGAACAGCGGAUCGCCGCUUGGCUCUGGGGUUCAGGGAUCGCCUGGCUUUCACCACCGGUAUCACGUGGUUCCCAACUAUCGUGACCCUCCCUACCCUGUCCACUACGGCGCUCGUUACUCGCCACACCCGAUGUACAGCUCACAGCUUCCGAAGCAGAGAAGCAGCUCAGUUCACAACAUUCCUUCCCAUGAGGCUUUCUUGAGUGACCACCACGGCGGACACCCGUGCCCAGAUUUGGGCUAUGCCACUGGGAGGGUGGCGCUGGGAGACUCUAGCAACAGGCAUUUUUACCUGCAGGAAACUAGGAGUGCCAGCCCCUCCACCAAGUUCCAACCCAUCUACCUGUCCGGCAACGCCGACAUGACGGCCAGGCUCAGAGGAUUUAACCCAGGCCGUCCAUUAGAACUGGCCGAUCGCGCGUGGAGCUAUAGCGUGACGUCACUAGUGGACGGCUCUGCUGGAAAUUCUGGAUUAUUCUAUAAUGACCAAGACUCCGCCAUGAUGGAUUCAAUGGACGUGUGUCCAGCCUGCCACCGGCCAUUUGAUGCGGGCAAGAAGAGGAAGCUGAUAGACUCGUGCGGCCAUGAGCGAUGCUACACCUGUAUGUUCAACAGUGAGAAGUGCCCAAUCUGUGAUGCACAAGCUCGAAUGCAGAGAGACGCCCCUCGGCCAUUAGUUGACCCCUCAGGCUACACAGCGCAUAGGCCAAAGCUGAAAACGAAUGGCCACUUGGUGUCUGGCAACAUUAAACAGAGGCAGGAAGUGCCAGAGUUACCUCCACGUGCUCGUAUGACGCCGUCCCCGUCAGGUGGCGUGACGAAGAUGGGCCCACCUGUCCCAGCCAAGCCCCCGUAUCACUUUCCGCCCAGCUCCGCCGCCGCCCUGGGGCCGCCCACCCACAUCGUCGGGUACCGGUACGACAGCCGCAGCCCCAACCACUACAGCAGCGACUCGGCCCUGGGCUCGCCAGACGGAUACACAAAGUCUACGGUUUCCAUGGCAACGGCAGAGGGCGAAAAUGGUAACAACAGUCCACCUCCACCACCUCCAGAUGUAGCCCAGAACGAUCUUAUGAUGAGGCUGGGUCUACUCUUAGGGGAUCGAGUCCCCCCGCCACCUGGGCCUGUGGUCAACCACAGCGCUGGCCAACAGCCAGGAGGGGACCCAGGGUUCAACACCAUUUCCUCCUUGUCCAGCAGCGAACACACACCAGAGAGGGGCCUGUCUGACACCAGCCCAAUGUCCACUCUGACAGUCUCAUCUGGAAGUGAGCUGGGUACACCAGCACAUACCACAAGGAGCCACCCCACCUCCUUGUACCCAGCAGGAUCCCGAGACUUCAGCGCUGACAGUGUGACGUCACUGAUGUCAACAAGCAGUGUCAGCCCACAGACUACAACUCAGAGGCCACAUUCAAUAACUACUUCGACUCCUGGUGCUAUUGAAGAGCUUCCCAUGUUUGGUGGGAGACGGAGAUCCUCUUUGAACAGAUCUGUCAGGGGAACUGUAUCUGAUGGGAAAGGUCGCUUCACUCCAAUCAGGCCUCCACAACUUCAAAUCAAACCAAUUCACUUUGAAGUGCCGCACCCUGAGGGCAAGCCUGUCUUUGUUGGCAGAGCCUGGCUCUUCAGUGAGUUGGAGUCCGUCCUGUGUGGUGACGGCGGAGGGAGGCCUGGUGGCGUGGUCAUCAUUGGUGGACUGGGCAGCGGCAAGACAGCUAUUGUGGAGCAGCUGGUGGAGCACAGCAGCUUUGGGGAGAGUGGUACCUCCAGUGCCAUGAGUCAGAAGUUGUCUGCCCCUGGUCAACAGCCUCGCAGUUCCUCCAGCUCCCAGCUGACUGACUACGCCGCCCUCAACGGGUUGGGCUUCCAGGUGGUGGCGUACCACUUGUGCCAGGCUGACAACAACACCACCUGCAUGGUGGCAGACAUGGUGUCCAGCAUUGGGGCUCAGCUGGCCAGGGCUCCUCAGCUCACAGCCUACCGGGAUUUAUUGCUACAGGAACCACAGCUUCAGAGUCUUCUAAGUCUUCGUGACUGCAUCCAGAAUCCAUCUUUAUCUUUUCUGAAAGGCAUUCUGGAGCCACUUAGGAUGCUGAAGAAUGCUGGGAAGAUUUUCUCAGACAGCUGCAUGAUACUUGUGGAUUCCUUGAAUGAGGCAGAGUUUCACAAACCUGACUAUGGCGACACAAUCGCAACCUUCCUGUGCCGUCACGCCAACAAGUUUCCGUCAUGGCUGAAACUGGUUCUCACUGUCCAGACAGCCCUACAGGAGAUCACAUCCUCCUUGCCCUUCCACCGCAUCUACCUGGACAGACAUGGCGACCAGUCUGAGAAUGUGUCCAAAGACAUUGUGGAUUAUGUGGAUUACAGAGUGUCCAAGAGUUCGGCCAUCCGAAACAACAUAGCCAUCAACAGCCGCCUGGACAAAGAGAUUCAGUCCAAGUUCUCAGCCCACAUCCAGAGCAUGAGCAAAGGAAGCUUCCUCUAUGCAAAGCUCAUCCUUGACCUCAUUGAACGAGGUCAGCUCGUCCCAAAAUCGUCCAACUACAAAGUCCUCCCAGUGAACUUAUCGGAAAUAUUUCUUCUCCAUUUUAAUUUGAAGUUUUCCAGUGUGCGUGCUUUUGAAAGAGUUUCGACAAUCCUGGGAGUUUGUUUAGCCGCUCUGUACCCUUUGACCUUGGAAGACAUUUUCCUGACUGUCAAUUCGGGAUUUACCCAGAAGUACAUUAGUUGGGAAGACUUUGUUCAGAGGAUAAAUAUUAUUUCAGGAUUUCUUUACCGUCGUCAUGACAACACCUACAUGUUCUUCCACCCUGCUUUCAGGGAGUGGCUCAUAAGAAGAGACGAAACUGAUUCUCCGAAAUUUCUCUGUGAUCUUCGCAGUGCUGAUUUUGAUUAUCGAAAUGGGCACGCACUUAUGGCCUUUCGACUGUCCAGAGUCUCAGCUCCUCUGACCCCUGACAAGACCAUAGAGCUGGGACACCACAUCCUGAAGGCCCACAUCUACAAGUCCAUCAGCCGCCAGCUGGGCUACUCUUCCCGUGACAUGCAGGCCUACUGGAUGUGUUUGAGUUCCUACAGUCUGAACACUGCCUUAGUGUCUCAGAGGAACAUUUUCUCUCCCAAUGUCAAGGUCAGUCGACUGAUCCUACUGUCCGGUGCUAACCCCAAUACCAAGACUGAAUAUUUGAACAACUCCCCCAUCCUGUGUGUGGCAGCCAGGGAAGGAUUUGUGGACAUGGUUUCACUGCUGAUUGAAUUUGGAGCUGAUCCCAACGCAGCCUCAGACACGUCCAUGACUGCCCUCUGCCACGCUGCAGCCGCUGGUCAGCUGGAGGUCAUGAGGAUAUUGUGUAGGAAAAAUGCCAGACUAUCAGCCCAGGACAAUCAAGGUCAGUGUGCUGCAAUACAUGCAGUCAUUCAUGGCCAGAGAGAUGCUCUCAUCUUCCUGCUCCAGAGCAAGUGGCCAGUGGUCACUGGUGAGCCCACCAAAGAUGAAGCCAUCACUCAGUCGUUUGUGGCUGCUGGAGCCACAGGCAACAGACAGAUCUUGGAAUACCUACACCAAAACUACAGUGGUUCUAGACUUAACUUGAUGGACACCUUGUUGCAAGAAACUGCUUUGACUGCCGCUUGUCUUCAUGGUAGAAGAGAAACUGCUCACUUCCUGUUAGACUGCGGUGCAGAUGUGUCACUUCCGAACAGCAAGUCCUUCACCCCACUGUUGUGUGCCGCCAAGUCUGGCAAGUGGGAGAUCUGUGAUAUGCUGAUGGCUGCAGGUGCUGACAUUUCCACCCCUGACAAGUAUGGGCGAACGCCUCUUAUGAUAGCCGCUAGCGAGGGUCACAUCCGAGUGGUCAACUUGUUGCUAGAGAAAGGAGCAAAACAGAACAGUACAGACAAAGAAGGCCUGACUGCCCUCUGCUGGGCUUGUCUUCGUGGUCACAUGUUUGUGGUAGAAGCUUUGGUGAAACAGGGCUCUGAUGUCCAUCACACGGAUAACAGUGGACGCAGUCCUCUCCAUCUGGCUGCCUUCUUCGGAGAUGCCAAUAUUGUCCAGUAUUUAGUUGACCACGGGGCAUCCAUUGAGCACACAGAUCUGAGUGGCAUGAGAGCACUGGACAGAGCAAUAGCCUCAAGGAACACAGCGGUCAUUGUUUGUUUUCUUAGGAAAGGAGCAAAACUUGGUCCAGACACUUGGGCCAUGGCCGCAGGCAAAACUGACGUCCUACUACUUCUGUUGAACAAGCUUAUGGAGGAUGGUAACAUGCUGUAUAAGAAAAAUCGUAUGAAGGAAGCCAGUCAGAGAUACCAAUAUGCAUUGAAAAAAUUCCCCAAAGAGAACAGUCCUGAAGAAGCUCAGACAUUUAGAGACCUGAGACUUACCUUCCUAUUGAGUUUAUCUAGGUGUAAAAGAAAACUAAAUGAUCUACAAUCAGCUGCUGACCUAGCGACCAAAGCUCUGGAGAUCAAACCAAAUUGUUAUGAAGCUUACUAUGUUCGGGCCAGGGCCAAAAGAGAUGAAAGACAUUACUCAGCCGCUCAGCAGGACCUUAUGGAAGCUUUGCGGCUAGCCCCUAAGAACAAAGAACUCCAUCGGCUGCUGACCAAAAUGAAGGAGGAGUGCCUUGAGCAGCAGGCUCGCUAUGAAAGCAAUAUGUCAGCCGGAGGUGCCAGAUUGGACAUGGACAGAAUCUCCGAGGACGAGGACUCUCUAGCCAUUGAUGGACAAUACGUGGACGAGACAGCGUUAUGACAUGAGGCUGAGGGCAGGUGGGGCAAGGACAAAGUGUAGGUCAGUGCUGGCCGACUUGUUUCAGCCUGUUAGGGGGGCGCCACUUAGAUUUGGCCAGCAGGCUGUAGGUUGAAAAUCACUGGUUUAAAAUAAAGACCCAAGCUCUUUCAUACAAAUGUUGUUUAAGUUUGAGGAAAAAAAAAAAAAAGAUUGAUAAUAGCUCAAAGAAAAAAUAAACAGAAAUAAUCACCAGAUAUUUUUUUCUAACUUUAGCCAUUACUUUGAAUAAUGACUUUUCUUAAAAACGAAAAUAAAUAUUUUUGGAUCACUUUGAUUUUGUUGCAUUUAAGUGUAUUGUUUAAAGAACUUAUUUAAACAGUCAUCUAACUGUUUUUUUUGUUUUUUUUCAUAAUGUAGAUUUAGAAAUUAAACCAGCGUUUUGUCUAAUCACAUUUAUUUAAUCAUGUUUGUAGACUCUUCAACCAUCACCAAUUGUUUUGUCAUGGUUCUAAAUACACCCAGAGUUGUGUCCCCUUACUGCCUUCCCUCAUAAAGAUAUUUAUAUAGGUUUGUUGUGACCUUUGACACCACUUCCUGGAGUGCAGGAAAUGUUUUCCCCCCAUAUGUUUGUUGAUAAAGUAUAAAUAGAAUGUAUUUAUAUUUCAGCAUUCUUAGUUCGACUCAAGUGAACUAGUUUGUGAUCUGGAAUUGUUUCCCUUUGUGCUGCUGUUUUCUUUAUGUACAUUAACACCUGAGCACAGCUGUUCCUAAGAACACAGCUGUUUCUAAGAACACAGCUGUUUCUAAGAACACAGCUGUUUUACGACUCACAGCUAUAGGUGUGUUACGACAUGGCUCAUUCAGCCAAUCAACUAACUAAUCUACUAAGUAGCCUGAGUUACAGUAGUAAGUUAUUCGUCGAAAUGGCUUAUUCCGACCUUGUUAAAAUGAAGUUUGUUGUUUUAUUUUGUAGAUAAACCAAAUCUUUCAUUGUGCGAGUCCAGAAUUUAAACAUUUUUUUUUUGUACUGAGAUGAUACCUGAUACUUUUGGUAGUGUUAAAUCUUGUGAUUUAUUUGUUAUGGGACAAGUAAACUUUAUUUAUAUUCAUGGGAGGUGCCACCUGGAUAAAGAUGUUUCCUGAAGAGUUUACAUUGCAGGCCCUUUAGUGUUCCUGUAGUGUAAGCACAUAGAUAAAAACAAAAUUCUGGAUUCUUUCUAGAACUGGGACUGUAAGGAAAAUGUAGAAGCAGCUCGUGUGUUUGCAGGUGCUUAGGACUCAAUUUUUGUAAUAAAAUAAUGCUAUGUUCAAAGACCUGACAAUUUGUUUUCAUUUUAUAAAUUUUGUUUGAAUGUUUAUACAAUAUCUCCAACAAAUUUCUUGUUCUUUUAGGAUCAUGUGAAUUUUAUUUGUAAUUUUUUUAAUCUUCUUUUUCUUAGCAUAUUUAAUUAAUUUUAAAUGUGAAAAUAUGCCAACUCAUGAAACCUGUCUGGGAACUCAGAUUAAUUUUAUGAAACUGCAGAGGUAUUAUUUAAACUGUAACGAGCCACACUUAUAUACAUUGUUUGAAAAUAUCUCAAUGGUCCUAGGUUUGGACUCUUUCCACCACCAUUCCCUGCAAUCCUGUGUCUAAGAAGCUCUAAAGGAAAAUCCAAAACGCAUAUAGCAAACAAAUAAACAAAGCUUGUAAAGAUCAAGUCAAUGAACUAUAAUAUUUAGUCCUGAAUGUCUGUUAGUAGUUUUCUGAAUGUUUGUUAGUAGUAAUUACAGUUAAAUCCUUUAAACAUAAAAACACUUCAUUGCUAAAAAUAAACCCAGAAAAACUCUAGUGAAUAAAAAAACUUUAAUCUUAAACACAUCCUUUUUGUUACACAAGAUUUUAUUUUUGUCGUGUUUUGUUUUUAUGAGUUCAUUUUAUCCCAGCUGAUUGAAAAUUGAUAUUCAAGUCUGAAUUUCAAAUAGGUCUUUACAGAAUUAUUUUUCCCCCCACUAAACUCAAAGUUGGCAAUUGAUCUGGCCUUUUCUCUCUUUGUGAUUAUAUUAAACCUAGAACUUUGAUGUUUUACCCUGUAGCUGUUUCCUCUUUGACUGUAAAUACAACUUCUUAUUACUUAAAGGCUAAAAUUUGUCUAAGGCGCAAUUGUUGAACUUAUAAAUUCCAUUGCUGAUGUUUGUUUUUUUUUAUAACAGACUCAUUUGAUAUGUAAGGUCAUAGUGCAUGCUUGAAAUGUUGUCAAUUUGUACAAUUUUAUGCCAAGCACCCAUGUGAUUGUUGUUGGGUCUUCAUGGCUAUGUACAGAGAGGCACAUUAAUGUUGCCCUGUGAUGUCCACUAUGACAAUGUGAUGUCCAGCUUGUCUUAAAGGACAAAGUUUCUUCGAAAAAGAAUAUGAUUUUAUAUGUACUACUACUGCAAUGCUAUAGUUACAUUUUUUUAUAUCUGAUUUUGUUUUGUCUGGCUUUGUUUUAAUAUCUUUAUAAUGUAAUAUUUAUAAUGUACUUGAAGUUAAAUUGUUUCUUGUAUUUAUAAUCUUGCAAGUUAUUUUUUUUUUCUGAAUUACUUGUGAACUUGUUGACUUCUGCGGAUGAAUACAUUAUGGACGAAUAUGGUGGUACACUUCUUUCAUGUUGUAGAAAUAUAGUGGUCAGUGCUAUGCAUACUGUCACCUGACUAUCCACUAUCUAAUGGCUUGUAGCUCUGUCUUGAACAUAGAGAGAUAGGUCAUAGAACUUUUUUUUUUGUAUUUAUUUUGUGCCAUUAUGUAAUGUCAAUGAAUUUUUUAAGCUUUUUUUUUUUCCACUUGUGUUUCAAACAAAAUAACAUAUGAAAAUCUACAA